UGCGGGAUUUCUGGACCAUAUAACGUACAGUACAUUGAGCAAACCUGAAGACUGCACACAUGAUUCAGAGGCCAGGGAGACAUCAGGACACAUCACACAUUUCUGGAUGCUAGCUGUAUGAUUCAUUUUUCCUAAAAUAGAGCUCUCACCCCCAGGAGAGGCUUUUCAAAAAUAUUAAUGCUACCAGGCCUGACUUGAACUCCUCGUUUGAGAGCUCUAACUAAAGGGCCACAUCUCUUCUCUCAGAGGCCUGCUGCAGUGUCUUGCCUUCUAAUUUUGGGGGAUUUUUGAGCCCACACCGGGGGGUGUGCAAACCCCCCCCACCUCCCCACCACUCUCUCUUUGUGUACGUGUGUGUGUGUGUCUUUUUGUUUCCGAAAGCUUGCAGAGCAGCAAGAGCAGGAAAGCUGCCGCAGAGAGACGAACCCGGAGGAGCAAGUGCGAGGCAGGGCGCCGCGCAUCCCACAAUGCACCGCGGGCAGGGGGACUCCGAGCUGGAAUGUUGUUGCUGUCAUUGGGAGCUUCAGCACAGAAACUUUUGCAGACAAAACAUGGCUACAGGGCGGCGUUAAUUGCGCUUACAAGAACCGGUCCUGAACGGCAGCGUCCCGUCAGCUCAGAAUGAACAUCGACGACAAGCUGGAGGGUAUCCUGCUGAAAUGCAGCAGCGCGGUGGACAUGGCGCCGCCCCGGGGCCUGGUGGCGCAGGAGCAGGUCGCGGCGGCGCGGGCGGGUAGCAGGGGCAUGCCGCACGACGACAUCCUGGCGGACGAGGGCGAGGGCCUGCCGGACAGCCGGCUCCCGCCGCACGACCUGAUCCCCCACGACGAGCUCAUGGUCCACGAGGAGACGGUGAAGAACGACGAGGAGGACCAGGAGAUGCAUGACCGGCUCUCCCAAGAGCUGCACUACGCCAUGCACCUGCCAGUAGAUGUCAAACAGGAAAUGAAGUUGUCUGAGGAAGCAGCGCAGCUGAAAAAGGAGAAGAAGCAGUCUAGAGAAAUUGCUGAGUGUCAGAAAAAGAAGAAAAGAAAGCAGCACUCUCCUGCAAAGAUUCUUACCUUUAAUGAAGAUGGAUCACUGGGACUUAAGAGUCCAAAGUCUCAUGUCUGUGAGCAUUGCACCGCUGCCUUCCGAACCAACUACCAUUUACAAAGACAUGUCUACAUCCAUACAGGUGAGAAGCCAUUUCAGUGCAGCCAGUGUGAUAUGCGUUUCAUCCAGAAGUACCUGCUACAAAGACAUGAAAAGAUUCACACUGGUGAGAAACCCUUUCGCUGUGAUGAGUGUGGUAUGAGAUUCAUACAGAAAUACCACAUGGAAAGGCACAAGAGAACCCACAGCGGAGAAAAGCCCUACCAGUGCGAAUACUGCAAUCAAUACUUCUCCAGGACUGAUCGCGUGCUGAAACACAAGCGCAUGUGCCAUGAGAACAGGGACAGGAAGGCGAACAAAGCCGUCGCAAAGGCUGGGCUGCUGGGGAGCGAGGAGGACUUGGGCUUCUCCUCGCCUCCGAAGGAGAGCCCGCUGCCAAAGAAGAAGCGACAGAAGAGCAGUGACAAGUCCAGGACGUUAGCGGCUCUCCCGGAGAAGGCCAGCAGCGAGGAGAAGCUGGAGCCCAAGACUGGCAAGAACGAUUACCUGCCGCUGUUCGCGGUCGCCUCCAAAGUGAAAGACGAGUACAUGGUGGCCGAAUACUCCGUCGAGCUGCCCCACUCGUCCCUCGGGGGCAGGCAGCUGGGCGAGUCGGCCGCCGAAGAGAUCCACCCUCCCAAACUGGUCCUUAAAAAGGUCAGCAACAAAAGGAGCCAGAAGCCGCCCCUGGAGCAGAACCAGAACAUGUCUCCCUUGUCUUCUUUUGAAGAUGGCAAGGUCACCAAAUACACAUUUGACCUUGUUGACAAGCAAGGCCUUCUAGAGGUAGAGAGCAACGCAGAUAUGGACCAGGUAGACAACCUUCAGGAAGGCCCAAGUAAACCAGUUGCAAACAGUACCAAUUAUGAUGAUGCCAUGCAGUUCUUAAAAAAGAAAAGGUACCUGCAGGCAGCUACCAACAACAGUAGGGAUUAUGCCCUUAACGUGGGAACAAUUGCUUCUCAGCCCUCUGUCACCCAGGCGGCUGUGGCCAGUGUCAUUGAUGAGAGUACCACAGCCUCUAUUUUAGACACGCAGACCUUAAACGUUGAAAUUAAGUCUAACCACGACAAGAAUGUUAUUCCUGACGAAGUGCUUCAAACUCUCCUGGACCACUAUUCCAACAAGGCAAAUGGACAGCCUGAAAUAUCUUUCAGUGUGGCCGACACAGAGGUGACCUCGAGCAUAUCCAUUAACUCCUCUGAUGUCUCUGAGGUUAAUCAGGCUGAGGCUAUUGGGACAAGUUCCCAGGCACCCUCCACAGAAAAAGCCAGCAUGCUCCAGGAAUACUCCAAGUUUCUUCAGCAAGCCUUGGAAAGAACUAGCCAGAACGAUGCCUAUUUAAAUAACCAGAGCCUUACAUUUGUGACUGAGAGUCAGAGUCUUUCAAGCCAGCCUUUGUUUUCCACCAUCGACAAACAGUACACUUUGACAAGCCGGUUUCGGUCAGGGAUGAACUCUCCUUUGAGGUCCUCCUCAGAGAAGUCUCAUUUUGGGCUAAUAGUUGGAGACUCUCAACACUCUUUCUCAUUUUCAGGGGACGAACCCAAUCAUUCUUCUGUCUCCCCUGCAGAAGACUUUCUUGAGCAGGUGACUUCCUCGAAAAAAAAUGAGCCGCAGACAAUCCACCAAGCCUUUCAGAUAGCUGCCUUUGAGCAGAACUUCCGAUCUCAGUUCCAGAGCGCCAGAUCUGGAAUCUCUUCCCAGUUCAGCACUGCCAACGGACAAGUGAAUCUGCGGGAACAUGGAUCAGGCACAGACUUCCCAGAAUUCCCCUUGGUUAAUGUGACUGAGAACAGAACACAAAUGACUUCUUCACCAGAUGCCACAACCAGCCAGACGUUUGGCUGAAAAAAAAACAUGUAAUUUUUCAAAGGCACUUUAUAUCCAUGUUUUUUUUUAUUUCUUGCCAAACUGGACUGCACUGUAAAAGGUAAAGUUCACAGUAAUUUGAAUACAUGGUCAUUUAAAAAAAAAAACAAUGAAAUUCAUAAUGCUUUUUUCCCUUCAAUGUUUCAUCUCUUAAUUCUCUAAUUUCUUAGAGAGAGAACUGUAUUAGUUCUGUUUUAGACAUGAGAUAUGUUAAACUUUUUUUUUUCAUUGCUUUCUUAAGUACUUUUAUUAUUAAGGUUAAUUUAAGUGAUGAAUGUAAUAACCCAUAUUUAAAUAAUGUGUGUCUAGCACAGCUUUACAGUCUUUAAUCAUGCAGUGUAGAACAAAUAGUGACUAUAAGAACAAGCCUUUUCCUGAACUAAAUUAAAAUUCUGUGAUGUUUGUCAAUUUUUAGGACCAUUUUUGGUUGCAUCUGUAUUUUGAGCUUCUAAAGUGCUUCAAAAUACUUGCUUAUGAUUGAAUUUAUUUAACACAAAGGUUCAGAGUUAAAUGGCAAACUAGAGUAGUUCACCACUUCUGCCUGGAAAAUUGGUCAUUUAUUCACAUUGCUAAAUGAAGACAAGUUUUUUUAUGCUUAAUAAUUAAACAUUAACUACAGCGUGAAAAGGUGCAGUGCACUCCAGACUUUUGAAUUAGAAGUAAUUUCAGUGUAUUAAAAAUCUUAGGACAAACUGCUCCCAAUAAGUGUAUGCCUUUUCAUUACCCGUGAGAGUUUCUACAUAGUUUCUCAGUGCUCCAGGGAGUCAAUCAAAUAUGAUAGCAGGUGACAGAAAUACUUAGUCAUUUACUUCACUUUCAUUUCAGAGUGAUAGUAAAGUAUCAGAAUUUGUACUAUUUUAAAAAACAAAACCAUGCCAGCACCUGCAAAUUGCAAUAGAUUAAUUUUUAACCUUUUGCAUCCUUACUUUUUCAAAUUCUUAAAAAAAACAAAACAGGAUGCAGUAAUAUGGAGAAGGCAAAAAUAUUAUUUUAUAUUUUGGGGGCUUCUUUUGAAAUGCAAAAAAAUAACCUUUAUUAUUCUUGUACGUUCAUAGUAUAUAUUUGUAUGAAUAAUUGUGUGGAACAGUCACCAGUAGCCUCUGAUUACUGUAAACUGUACUGUCACAGAGCUCUGUUUGAAGCAUCCAAUUACUGCUGCUACCUCUCUAACUGACAAAGAAAAGAGGAAUAAUUCUCCCAGCUGUACAGCACAGGAAUUAAAAUUUGAUUGAAAAAAAUGCUUCUUCUGCAUUUAUGAAAGUCUUCAAAAUUUCCUGUUUCCUGAGUAGCCAAGCUUUCAAAGGAUGCGAAGGGCUAAAUACGGUAUAUGUUAGUGUUGCUUUAAAACAGAGGAUUGCACAUGUUGGUGUAGAACUUAAUAAAAUAAAUGACAUAUUAAUCAGACCAUAGAUCUGUAAAUAUCAUCAUUCCUUUCCUUUAAAAUAUCUUUUGCUAACUUGAUUUGCACACUUUUGUCCCUUAAAAAUGGCAAUCAACCUUACACUUACAUGCAAUGAUCAUGGUUGUGUAGAAGUCUGCUAUUAAAUCUCUUAAGAAAUUAUUUUACUGUGCUGUCUUGAAAAUUGCAUAUGCAAAUUCUGACAAACAAAUUGCUUGUUGUCCUGAUAUUAAAAUAUUGCUCAAAUCAGUGGAAGGAAUUUGAGAAUCCUGACCUGCAAAAUAGCAAAUCGCAAGACUCAUUGACAGAGUCACAUGUUGGGGUGUUCAGAAAACACUCCAUAGCCUGCUAGUGUGACUGUCCCUGUGAUGCAUACCACAAUCUAAAGUUAAAGUAUUACAAGUUUUCCCUUUAUAUUUCUUUAGUAACUACAAGCAGCUUGAAGACCUGUAUUGUACUGAUAAAAAGUAUUCCUAUCAAAUAACACAUUGUUGUUAAGGAAUUGUAUAAUUACCAAGUGUAAUUCACACUUUAAUUGCAGUAAUGACAGCAUUUUGUUUCAAAUCUUAGUAGUUUUCAGUAUUUAAAUUUGAAAUAGAAUAUAUUGUACAUUAUUGCUUUUUGUUUUAAAGAAAUAUAUAAAUGUCUUUUACAUUUGCUUUUAACAUUUCAUUUGCUUAUAACAUUUUUCCCCAUUGGUGCCUUUGCAUGUAUCUGCCAUCUUCCUAAUGUUUUGUUCACAUAAAAAUAUAUAUGUAUUUCUGUUAAAGCUGUACAGUAGAAGCACUUUUCCUGAUUACCAAGCUUACAGCAGCAUAAAAAGGAGUGACUUGUUACCUUUCUUGUAUUGGAGUCACGUCAGUGUGUUAGCAUUCACAAUGCGAAGUACGUUUUUGGGAACAUUUUGAAUCACUAAUAGGCGACUUAACAUUGUAAAGCACUUUUUUCAAAAUUAAUAUUUUUUACUGAUUGUAUGUUAGUCAUCCAACUAAACUAAAAAACUGAGCUCAUUUUAAUCUCUAAGGUGAACCGGUGAGCAGCAAUACUUUUCUAAAGAGUGUAUUGUGGUGUUGACAACAUAGAAACACUGAUAUUUGAAAACAGGUUGUCCCCUGCAGGAUAAAUAAUUGUUUCACUCCUUGAUGUAACAAAUGUAACAUAAAAUUAUGGCCUUAAAUCCAGCUCUUCAUUGGCUAUUUUUAUCUGCUUAGUAUGGAAGUACUUGUUUGUACUUUUACAAAAUAAUGUGAGUUUGAAAGGAUUGUCUGGGUAAGUUACUAAAUCGUACCUUAAGUGAAAGGCUUUGCUUUUGCUUUGCUUGUUCUGAUUUUGUUAUUAAAUGGAAAACAUAUACUGUACAAUGUUUCACUCGUAACUAGACAGCUACAAUAACUCAGGUUUCCAUCUUUCCACGUUCUUUUUCUUCGGUACAAAAGGUGAUUGUGCUGUGGAAACUGGUACAGUUAUGCUUUUUAUUUUUGUUUGUGGCAUUUAAGGUAUGAUUUAACAUAUAUGAUUCUAGACCUUUUAAUAUUGUGACAUCUGCAUUGUAGAUUAAAAAAAGAGUAUAGAUAUACUGAAGUUUUUAACCUGAAUUUCAGCAACAUUAAAACGGACUGUAAGAUAAUCGUAUCCUUAUUAAAUUGCCCUUGUUGUUUAAAAGCACAGUCAUGCCCAAUAGAUUAUGAAAUGUUUCUAUUUGUAUGAAAGUCUUCCCGGUUUUUAAGGCUCGUACAGUAUGCAGGUGUACUGUGAUUUUAUUUUUAAUUAUUUCUUAUACCAAGUGUCGUUUAUACAAGUACAAGAGAGUCAUUCAUUCAGAUAUUUUGAGUUUAGUAAUCUGUUCUGACAAUCAAGGACAAAUAAUUUCCUCUUCCUUUUUUCUAGUUAUGCAUUCCAUUGUUUAAGAAUAUUACAGUAGAAAGUUUAUGUUGGCUGUAAAUAUGUAAUGUAUCUUGAACUGUACACUCAACUUUUUGUUGCCUGUAAAUACGAUCAUUUUAAACCAGUACAAUUUAAUUCUGGUACCUAUAAUGUGUUGUUUAUCGGUUAAGCAAUAAUGUCUAAAAUGAUUAACUGGAUUCAAGCAGGGGAAUGGUUUACAAUCAGAUUUAAAGUCUAUUUUAAUAACUACACAAAUAAUAAAAUGUGAAUCGAUUCUUAAAAUUUGACAGUUUCUUUCCCCAGUUUUAAUUAAAGUAUUGCAAUAUUUUGGAAACUUUUGGCGAUAUAAAGGUUUCCAAAGUAUCUAAUACCAAUGAAGUACAUUAUUGCAGUUCUGUGUUAAUAUUUUUCAUUAUUUAAUGUCUUAUAUUUUUGCCAAUUUCAAUAAGCUUCGAUACAGUUUGAAUGAGGAACCCACCCUUGCUCAUCUACCUGUGCUGAGGUAGCCCACGAAUUCUCACAUCUAUGCAUCAGUCUGAUUCCAAAAUCAUUCUGUCAAACAGUUAAUUUCUGGUUUCUGAAAUUGUUUAACUUUAAAAAUGUACAUAGGCCCUGAAGACUAAAGCCAAUACUUGUCUGCAGUCAGUGCUUCACCAUUAUGAUCAGGUGAAGUGCUAAUCUAACACACACCUCUUGUGUACAUUAGCCAUAUUUCAAAGUAUUUUUUUACAGGAACAUUUGCACAAUAAUUUCUGAACUAUUCAGAGCAAUGGCAAAAUGAACUGAUAAUAAGGAAUUUUUAACACUGUUAACUUUCACAUCUAACAAAUAGACUUAAGCGGAAUACAUUUCUUAUUUUGUAUAAUUGGGAUCAAGUUCACUGUUUUAAACACACGAGUUCCAAGGUUUUCGAGAUAUCUGUUACUAAUAUGUUGAAAAUUACCCAGCUUAUUCCCAGCGCGAGGGCAAGAAAUGAUUUCAGUCAUUUCCCAUCUGUAGUGCAGUUCUCUUUGAGUCUUCACAUUGGGAAAACAAAUUAAAACAUCGCUCUAAAAGAGGUUGGUUUUUACAAUGAAAUUGAUGUGAAAUGGCAUUUUAAAUCCUUAGCAGCUACCUUUUAAAGGUUUGUGUUAACAAUCCAAAAUGUUACAUUUCACAGGAAAAUAUUUUUUUAAAAGCUUGCUGUUUAUAUUCUCACUCGCUCCUGGAGGGUUCGCCCGUCCUCUUUUGGUCACUUUUAGUACACUGGUUAUCUUUUUGUAUGUGUUGUAAGCUUUUUAUCGUAGCAGAUGCGGUUCAAGUAGGAAGAAAUGACUUUGCAAUAUUAUGUAUAAGUUUUGUUUUGUCAAAAUCUAAUUAUACUGGAUAUUGUUGGUUUUUGAUUGUGUCUUACAUUUUUGCUAUUGUGGGUUCAUUUGUCAUUCAAAUAUAUAUGAUUUACAGUA